GAUGAAAUCUGGAAUUAAAUAAUGGGUAACCCUUGAUAACAAAGAAUUUGAAAAAUUUUUAAUUAUGAGCAUUGAAGAAAUAUUUAAAAAUUAUGUUAUUGUACCAAAUUUUAGAUAUUAUAUACCUUAAUAUAAUAAUGAGAGUUAUGUGAAGAUUUUAGAGAUGAUCAUAAAUAAUCAUUGGAUCUUCCAUAAAAUAUAACUUUAUAUAGAUGUAAUCAAAAUAUUUACACGACUGUUGUUGAAGAUUAAAAUAUUUCAGUUGUUCUUUAAAUUGAUUAUUUGUUUAUCAGAAAUUAAAGUUUUUAUUUUUCACAAGUUAAUGAGAUUUUUAUUGUGUCUUUAAUUUGAAUAGAAUAUUGGGUUAAUUAUAUUAAAAUGGAAGGAUCUUUAUAUCUAGAAAAAAUAUAAAAAAAAGUCUUGCUUGGAAAUUUCUGAAUCUAAAAAAAACAAGAAACGAUUGAAUUAUAUAAAAAUCUACAAUUUUGUAUAUGGUUUACAAUUUGUAAUAUUAAUUGAUUAGAGAGGAAUAUCAUUUGAAAAGUUGAAGAAAUAUUUUUAUAUUUGUUAGAUUUUCAAUUAUUGA